UAUAUAUCCAUACAAAGGAAGAACAAAAAAGCAAAGCAUAUAAUAUUAUGGCUACUUUAAAACCAACUAGCCCUACACAAAAUCUAUCUCUUCAUUCUUUCAACUUAUCAUACCCUUUAGGUUAUCAACUCACUAAAUCAAGAACCCCUUUUGAAGUACACAAACUAAAGAAGUGUAGUAUACGAUCUGCGCUGGUGGUGAAUCCUAUCAGUCCUUCGGAAAUUUUAAGAGAAAACGGGAGCGCGACCCUGAAAAAUUUCAAGGGGCUUGCGAAUUCGUGCCCGUUUUCGCCUUUAGACUUUUUGGAAAGGGCAUCAAUUGUUUAUGGAAAUUGUACAUCAAUUGUAUACAAUGAGACGUGUUACACUUGGUCACAAACUUACACUAGGUGUAGAAAAUUGGCUUCUUCAAUUUCAACCCUAGGGAUCGUCAAAGGCGAUGUCGUAUCCGUCUUAGCUCCCAAUGUUCCGGCCAUGUACGAGCUCCAGUUCGCCGUGCCAAUGUCCGGGGCGAUCCUAAACAACGUAAAUUUCCGCCUCGAUCCGCGUACCCUAUCGAUUUUGCUACGACAUAGCGAAUCGAAGCUUGUAUUUGUGGACUACCAAGCAAGUGCAUUAGUCCUCGAGGCAAUAUCUAUGUUUCCACCUAAUCUACAACGUCCGAAAUUAAUCCUCAUCGAAGACGACAGUUGCUGUAACACGCCUUCUACGAUUUCGAAAAAUGAGUACUUUCAUGAUAGUUACGAGAACGUUGUUGAAAGUGGUGAUCCAUUUUUCAAAUGGCUCGCUCCUAAGAGCGAGUGGGAGCCCAUGACACUAAACUACACUUCUGGAACUACUUAUGCACCGAAAGGCGUGCUACAUAGUCACAGAAGCGCGUUUAUGAUGAGUGUCAUGGGCUUAAUUGAUUGGUGUAUGCCAAAUCAACCAGUGUAUUUGUGGACAUUGCCUAUUUUUCAUGCCAAUGGUUGGGGAUUUUGUUGGGCUAUGGCUGCUGUUGGUGGAACCAAUGUGUGUCUACGUAGGAGUCAUGAUGCUGCUACAAUAUAUGAAGCUAUUCACAGACACAAGGUAACUCACAUGUGUGGUGCGCCAGUAGUACUCAACAUGUUAUCAACCUAUCCAAAAAGGAAACCCCUUGACUCUCUAGUCUACCUCCUAACGGCCGGAGCACCACCCCCGGCCGCAGUCCUCGAUAGGACUGAAUCAUUAGGGUUUAUUAUAAGUCAUGGUUACGGCUUAACGGAGACCGGAGGACCAGCGGUGACGUGUGCAUGGAAACAAGAAUGGAAUGAAUUGAACAAUUCAGAAAGAGCAUCACUUAAAUCAAGGCAAGGUGUGAGGAUGGUAGGGUUUACUGAAGUUGAUGUUGUGGAUCCUGAUACUGGUAUUAGCAUUGAGAGGAAUGGAAUUGAUACUGGAGAAAUUGUUUUGAGAGGAGGUAGUGUGAUGUUAGGGUACCUAAAAGACCCUGAAGGAACAUCAAAAUGCAUGAAAAAUGGAUGGUUUUACACAGGAGAUGUUGGAGUAAUGCAUUCAGAUGGAUACUUAGAAGUAAAAGAUAGAUUAAAAGAUGUUAUAAUUUGUGGUGGUGAGAACAUAAGUAGCGUGGAAGUUGAAUCAAUUUUGUACAAACACCCCGCGGUGAAUGAGGCUGCUGUUGUGGCACGUCCUGACAGUUACUGGGGCGAGACCCCUUGCGCGUUUGUCAGCUUGAAAAUCGAUGCACAAAUGAAUGUAUCGGAGAAGGAAUUGCGCGAUUUUUGCAAAGAGAAUUUGCCACUUUAUAUGGUACCAAGAACUGUUGUUAUUGAAGAAGAGCUUCCAAAGACUGCUACUGGGAAAAUACAAAAGUAUUUGUUAAGGGAAAAGGCUAAGUCACUUAUGCAUGAAUCCAGAUUAGUCGAGUCAGUGAAGGCUCAUUAAGUAAGUUAAGUCAGUUGGUUUUGAAUAUCGAAUAGUUUAAAAAAAAAUAAAAAAAAAAUUAUGUAUGAUGACUUUUAGUUCCUAGCUAUGGAUUGUAAUGUUGCUAAGAAUAUAACUAUUAAUAUUUGCUAAUAUAUUUAUACAUAUAUGUGAGUUUGAUUUA